GGUCUAUUGGUUAAAGGCAUCUCGACUGCUCAAGGUGGCUUCGGUACGGGACGAGCUUGGGCUGUAUCUUGACUAUCUCUCACCCGUUCGGUUUUUCGUUUUGCAUUGCCUUGCCUUCGUAUCUGGGUUUUCAUUGCGUCUUCAAUUCAUCCGUCUCUAACCCUCGGUCCCUUCGAGUCCCCCAACCCUAGAGUCGACCUCCACUCACCCGCCCUGCUCGGUCACGACUCAGCGAGCUGCAGGAAACGCGCUCGGCUCAGCAUCCUGCCUUGGACGCGUUUCGGGGAGCCCUGCGCCGCCAGACUGCAGAUCGAUAUCCGCAAAUCGAGGACGGCCAGCGUCGUGCCCGUCUUUGGACAUGGUUCUGGUCUCAUGAUCAGACGGCGACAAUACUCUGGAACAAACCUCUUUGUCUUUGGUGAAGGAGCACAGGCACAGGCGCUGAGUGCUGUUUCCUCCGCCCACGGACCAGGAACGGCGACUGGGCUGCAGCAAUGGGUUCGGUAGACGACGACCAACUGCCCUCGACUCUCUUCGGAUCCUUGCCAGCACGACCACCGACCCCUCCGCGAGAAACACACGGUCAUGAACUCGACUCCCUCCCAAAGCUCUUGACUGCGCCACAGCAGCUCGCCGUCCCUCUCAGGAGCUUGCAGACCCCUCCGGGCAUCUCCUCUCCCACCUCCUCCUCCAGCCGCUCGACCACGAGGAGGAAACGGGUCGGGUUCUCCUCGCAGGCACAAUACCAAGAACCACCAACCUACAAAACCAGGAGCUCGACCACGAGACAAAAUUCGAGUCCUAUCUCCCUACCUUCCAGUACUUCAAGACCCGUCAAGGGCAUACUGAAGCCCUGUCCCACACCAAACAGGCUUGGCCCUGCGAAUGGCGUCUACCUAGGCGAAGACAAGCCCGACCAGGCCAAUAUCGCCGACAUGUUGGAAUCCACCCUCCAGCAGCUGGCGGGCGCCGACAGGGAGUGCAAGGUCGAUGCAUAUACCAUGCUCUUUCGCGCCCUCAAGACGUCGAGCAACCUGCCCGAUCGCCGUGCUCUGCAAAACAAGAUGACAGUCUUCUUGCAGUUCAUUCAGCGAGAUCUCACCGCCAGGGCAUGCGGAUCCGUUGAUAUUCAGCUGGUGACCUCCGCGCUCAAACUUCUGCAUACGUUCCUUCAUUUCUCCGGCAUCGCCUCGAGUAUUCCUCUCGAAUUUGGCGUCUUCAUGGUUGACCAUUCCAUCCGCGCCUUUGAGGAUGAGCAAGCCUCCAAAGAGGUCGUCAAGCAUCUGAUGCAGGCCUUGUUCUUACAGACUUUUCCCCCUGAGGUCAUGAACAGUGACCGCGUCGGUCGCCUAGUGUCUGCUCUCCACAAUAUCGAAAAUCAUCUGUCUGGAAAGAGCAUCGUACAGAGCCGCAUCGUCGUCUACGAGAAGCUGGUAAAACAGUGUCCCCAGCAAAUGACGGCCCACUCAGACUGGCUCCAGGACUUGUUUACGGACAUGCUCAGCAGUAUCUCUGAGAUACGCUCGGCCGCAAUCAAGCUUGGGUUUUCUGCCGCUUUCACCUUGAACAAGGACUGGAGAUUUGUCAGCCGGGUCUUGGAACUUCUAAACUUAUCGCUCGAGGACAAGAAGUUUGUGGAAGAAUUUGGCGAGCGUCUUUGCGGCAUGCUACAGAACCAACAGCAAUCCACAUCGGUACCGCGGAUUUGGAGUGUCGUCACAUUAUUCAUCCCUAAACCCAACCAAUGGGACUACUUUCAUUCCUGGUCAAAAAUCAUCCAGCUGUGUUUCAACAACUCAAAUCCACACGUCAAGAGAGAGGCAAUCCUUGCUUGGAACAGGCUCACGUACCGUUUCCAUCUGGACGGGCGCCUGGCUUACAACCUCCUCAAAGAUCCCCUCCUGAGCCUACUGAAGCGGAAAACACUUCGUGACUCAGUCCUAUCGAGUAUCUGCAACUUCUUCUACUAUGCCUUCAAGCCAGAUAUGAACCUGAAGAUACUAGACGACACAUGGGAUGCGGCUGUUGCACCCCUAAUGCUUGGACUGAUUGGGCAGAGCCAGGAAGACCCUUCGGCUAUCAACCAAGCCGCUGCCAUACUGACUGGUUUGUUCGAUUGCCAAACGCGCCGUGUAUGGAGUGAGGACAAAAUCAUGGGGCAGAGUCCGAUCAAGGCCGAGGAGCUGCCAGCCAUUGAUUCAAAAUGGAUCAGAGCCAACUCAAAACGCGUCUUUGCACUCGUCAACCCACUCCUCGAGACGGGAUUCGCGGAACUAUCACAGCCUGGCAGCCAAGUUCAAAAACUGUGGAAGGCGCUUGUUCAAUCUGUCGCCUCCGCCUCAACCAAGGAUGUGAAGCUGCAUGACGACACGGCCAAAUUCGUGGCCAGUGCCUUCACCCUUUUGCACAAAGUUUGGGUGACGGGUCCUGUUACUCAAGCCAAUGGCACAUCUUGCACUGCCUCGCAAUUUUUGGACAGCACGCAAGAGUUCCUAUUGACACUUAUCCAGCGUCUCGGCCUUCUUCCCAACCCCUUUGCAGAGAAACAAUUCCAGCAGACCAAGCACGGCCACUUCGUUGUGAGUGGUGGACAACCAGGCCGGUCUGGAAAGAAGCAUGGGUCCAAGCGCACACCUCUGCAGCAUCUCUUCUGCCUCCUAUCUAAACUCCCACCCGGCAUUCCUGACGAUGAAGCAUUCAUAGCGUUCUUCGCCUCAGUCUUCACUCCUUUCUUCGAGGGAAAAACCCAGAAGACACAGGCGGAUUUCGGCCAGGAACUUCUACGUCUUCUACCCGUCGAUGCCCCUUGCUCGUCGGGGCCGUGGGUGAUGGCCGCCGGCAAGAUCUCAAUAUCUCUGGACAGCAGCCAACACAGCCAUCAAAGCACAACAUCGGGGAGUGGCAAUCUUCUCGGAUCAGAAUUCCGUGAUCUCGUCAAAGUUCUAGAGCGCGGCCUAAGAUCAGUGCCGUGCUUGCCUUGGCAGCACUGGCUUCACCUCUUCCAGGCAAUUCUGCGCCGUAUCAGACAGGAGACUGGCGAUGCGGGUGUUGCCAUUGCGCUUAUCGAGCCACUGGCUGCCACCGCCAGGGCGAGGAUGUCUGACGUGAACGGCGAUGUGGCCUGGACAAACUGUAUCGGAGCAACCAUCGAGCUUAUUGCGGCAUCUACACAGCCCCGUGACAAGCAAGCGGCUGAUGCCGCACGCCGACGUUUGUGGGGCACCUCGAAUGCGGGCAACCGUCCAUCUUUCGAUCCCCUGGACAACAUAUACAAGCUUUUUGCUGACCUGUCCAAAAAGUUGUACUCUGACAUUGAAUCGCAUUCCUCAGGGCCUAUUGAGCAGCUUCUGGAUGAGACAAAGGCUUUCUUCGAACGUGGAAACCGUCAACUCCUUCUUCGGACCCUGGUCGCCGUACAAAGCGGACUUGCAUGUUGGCUCGAGGACAAGGACCGCCGUAUCACUAGAGCCGAUUUCCCUAGUGUGGUGGAAGCGACCCAAUCCUUGUGGGAGCGAAUAUGCAGUGCCCUCAGAGACAUACCCCCCGAGAAGUUUGAGCUUGAGAGCAUUGAGCCACUGUUGUGCUCUGCGUUCAAAAGCACCCAUCUGGGGGUCGUAACAAUUACGGCAGAGAUGUGGAAUCAUGUCUACGGCCGUGCGGAAUCCGUACCGUAUCCAGAGGCAUUGAAGGAAGCACUCAUGGGCCUUGGUUCUUCUGUGGAUGUCGCCCGUCCUGGGCUGGAAAUAAUAGACGAUGGGUCGGAUGGGCUACUCAAUUUCGUGGAAUCACAGGAAGACGCGAACAAUGUCAUCUUCACACCCGCCAGGACAGAACCAGUCUCGCGGUCUCGUCCGUCUACAUCCCGAAAGUCAGCCUCUUCAAACCUUUCGAACGUCCUCCAGGUGGCUCAGAGCAGCCCCCUGGCUAAGAUCAAAUCGAAGGGACGAACACCGAAGCCUAAGCUCCGCCAUGAGGACUCACAGCUGCAUUUUGCCACGAUUGAUUCUUCACCAGCACCAGCACCGAUGGAGUACGAGUCACAGUUACUCACGGAACGCCAGAAAGAGACACGCGAGCGACAGAGGGACACUGCUGCUUUGUUUCCGGACAUGCGAUCGAGUCCAAGCACAGCGACGAGGAAAGCGAGGGCCGGGGCAAGCCACCAUGAGCUUCCCACUGAGUCCGCCGGGCUUGUACCGGGUCGAGCCUCCACGCCAGAGCACGACGGUGCUUUCGAAGAUUACCUGACCUCGACCCCAACGCCCCGAAGAGGACAAUCAUUGAUGCUGCCAGUGCAGGACCAGGAACUGUCCGCUGACCCGCCAUCGUCGCCUCCAGAGCCGAGAGGAUACCGCCUGAUUGCGGAGCUGAAAACUCAAGCCAACAAUACCAACUCUCUGGAUGAAUGGCGCUUUUCGUCAUCUCCGUUGACCGGCUCCCCAAGCCUGGCACCUGUGACAAAUUCCACGUCGCAACCAAUGGAAUUGGACGAUGUCAAUGAGGAACUGCAGCUCGGCGCUGAGAGCAGUGUCCCAGAGCGGGGGCGCACAGUUGAGCAAAAAGAUGUGACAUCGUCACAGUUCUCCGUGGGCACUGAACUGAUUGAAGAGACGACCUACCUUCAACAAGGAGCCGAGGCCGAGCUGCCAGUCGGAACACCAACCGAGCAGCCUACAGUCAAGUCACCCGCUACCCCAUCCGGACGGGUUCUACGAUCCAAGGCGUUGCAAGCGACCCCGAAGUCUGACAACGACGAGUUCGUGGAUGCCCCGACUAGCCCUCUACCACCCACGCCGAACCAGAGGAUCAGACCAGAUUCGUCACGUACAACCCUGCGCAGGUCUCCCCGCGGCAAGGGCAACAGCCAGUCAUUCAGUGUCAGUGAUUCUUUUGAAAACGGCAUGCGGAACAUUGGGACGGGACAUUUUGAAAUCGAGAUCAGAACCUCUCCCAACAAGAAGGACAUUCCGUCCUAUGACGACAUUCUGCCCGAAUCACCGGAGGACUCUGAAUCGGAAGGCGACAAAAUUACGAAAGCAGCCGAGGCAGUAGGAGAGCCAUCUGAGGAAGCAGCGGCCAAGGAUGUGAGUUGCAUCACGGUCGAAGGUGUAGCACCCGGGGAGUUGCGCCGAGGUCGUUCAAGGAGGACCCGGCGAGACGUGGUCUCGAGGCCCUCACAGGCGUCAAUAAACACCCAGGAGUCAUUUAGUUCGCAGGGCUCGGUGGGCCGACCCCGGACACCUCUUACUCAGCUGGCGAUGGCGAGCCUUCAGGAGGGCUUCGAGAAUGUUUCACCUGGCAGCGGGACUUGGAUCAGGAAGCGCAAGCGCUCAGUCUCCAUGCACAGUAGCGGCGACAAGAAACGCGGCCGUCAGGAUUCCGUUCUCAAAGAGAACAAGACGGAUGUCCCUGGUGGCCAGCCUGCUGCCGGUGCUGAACAAGGGCGCGACGCUGAGAUGCUCACAUCCGAGGUCUAUGAGCACGAAGGGUCACUAAUAUCCGGCCCGAGCCGAAGGAGCUCGCCUAGCAAUCCAUCAGCUUCUCAGGAGUUUCCCACGGCAUUACUCGGGCCGGUGGAACUGACCCAGGAGGAGCCAGACGAGCAGACGAGCGAAGUCUCGGAGCACGCUGAUGAUGAAGAGCUUGUCCAGUCUCAGCUUGCCAGGGAGGGAGACGAGGCAUCUGCUGAAAAGGAAGCCGUGGCCUUGCUAGACAAGGUCGCAUCUGCACAGCUUGAAGCCGACCUGGUUGCACAGUUUGAGGAGCCAGCGGAGCACUCGCAGCAGGCAUUGCACGAGGAAGCGGUGCCGCAACAGCAGCCUUCCGAGGCUGUACAAGGUGGUGCCAGCAAGUUUGACCGGCUCCAACUAUUACUCCAGGACGGGCUGGGCCUCUUGCGGUCUGCUGACCUGACGAGAGACGAAACAAACCAGCUUGAGGAUAUGUUUAUGGACAUGAAGCAAGAGUUGUACCGUGCGGAGAGGCGGGGGAGGAAAUAGAGACGGGCGAUGGCAUGCAUGGCGCAUGAGUGUUAUUACUAUGGGGAGUUUGGGCACUUGGGCUCAUGUAAAUAAAUGAUGUACAGGAUACCACGCGGUCAGGUCAAAUGACGGCGAACAUGCAUACCAAAAAAAGGGAAGGGCAACCGGGCGGUUGCGGUAGUUCAUAAUGAUAUUCCAUGAUGAGCCAGCCAGUCAAGUUUACGUGGGCCCAGACGGAAUAGAUUGUGUUAUUGGUAGCAGUAGCGGUGUAUUGAGCAAUUGUGCCACCUCAGGCUAAGAC